GCAACACUGCUGUCAAAGCGAUUAACCUGCCUGCCUGUGCCACUUUUUUAAUUUAAUCUAUAUUGCUUCCCUUGUCUUCACAGUUUAGCUAUUUGUUAUAAAUUCAGUAAAAUGAAUUCUACGAAUUCAGUUUUAAAUCCUGAGGCUCCAGAAUUUCAUCCUCAUUUGUCGUCGGUAACGCAGGGUGGUUAUGUAAAGGUAAACAAAUCAAUCAAAUCAUCUAACACCUUGCCAGCUGGAACCUCAUAUGGUAUCUUCAAAACAUUUACUGAUUUUAAUGUUGUAACAUGUCAAUUAAGUGAAAAUGUAGUUCUGCAAUCGAACCAAAUAAUAGCAUCUGAGCUACCAGCUGUGAAGUUAAAACGCAAUGAAGCCGAAGGGAACACGGAGAAAAUUGUUGACGUUAACGACAGCAUCUUGGACAGGAUCAACAUAAACAUUGAUGCUUCGAGUCGCGUAAACAAAACGAGUGACACACUUACAAAUGGCGUAGAGGCUAGAACAAAUGCUCGGUGGAGUUCCUCUCCUGUCAUUGCGAAAAUACAGGUGGGAUCAGCAACAUUUAUAGGAGCAAAAAAUAUAACUCGACCUCAAAUUAAUUUUAAAGAUACGAUCGAUAACUCGGAAAGUUUGUGGGUGCCCAAAAUAUCAGACAAACCAAAUAGUAUUAAACCUUUAGCGUUGACUAUGUUAUACAACGAUGAAGGCGAAGCCAUCGGUUAUGAACACCCAUACAAAGUUGAGUUGGACUUAUACCAUCCGCCGACUCAGUUGAUAGGGCCUGAUGUUCAACCACUUCCGUUUCCCGCACCGCUGGCAGAGACAAUGUUCACCUACGUGGAUACUGAAGCCAAAUUGGACGCCCUUGUCCAACACUUGGACACUGUCAAAGAACUCGCCAUUGAUUUGGAACAUCAUUCUUAUAGAACUUACCAAGGCAUUACGUGUCUAAUUCAAGUCACGACGACUGAGGGUGGAGAUUUUAUCAUAGACGCGCUCGCUGUCCGCGAGCAUAUUCAUAAACUGAAUGCUGCUUUUACUGACCCAAGGAAGAUUAAAGUAUUCCACGGUGCGGAACACGACGUGGUAUGGUUGCAGCGCGACUUCGGCGUGUACCUCGUGGGUAUGUUCGAUACGUACCAGGCCGCGAAGGAACUCAGCCUUCAGGGGCUAUCACUCAAGUACCUCCUCAUGAGGUACUGUCAGAUCGACGCAGAUAAGAAAUACCAGCUAGCGGACUGGCGUAUCCGACCAUUGCCAGCGGAGCUGAUAGAGUACGCUCGCAUGGACACGCACUACCUGCUGUACAUAUGGCGACACAUGAAAGAUGAACUCCUCAAAGUCGGACAGCCCCAUCGACUGCACUCAGUCUUCGAAAACAGCCGACGGGUUUGUGGCUACACGUACAAUAAGGAAGUAUUGACUGAAACCAGCCACAUGCCCCUCUACGUGCGAUCCCGGAAGUCGUUUAACUCACAGCAGAUGGCGGCUUUGAAGAUGCUCUACAAAUGGCGAGAUUCGCAGGCCCGCGAGGUCGACGAAAGUACCACAUAUCUUCUUCCAAACCAUAUGCUGUUGGCUCUCGCUGAGACGCUGCCGCGUGAGGUGCAGGGCGUGAACGCCGUCUGCAACCCGAUGCCGCCCUUCGUGAAACUCAACCUCAUCACUAUACACAGGAUGCUGCUGUCGUGCCGCCAGUUGCCGAACGAGCCCCAACUGUACCAGAUGCCGCCCAGUAUCAGGAACGCGGUGAACGCGAGUGUGCAGCCAGGGACACUUCACGCCAUGCACGACCUACCGCCACGCAUGGACUUGUGUGAUGAAAUGCCGAUAAAUUUGCAAAAUGCCAUGGACUUACUAGACGACGAUACGACUGCAGAGCCAGAGAUCGAGGUCUUCUUACCGGACAACAUGAUAUCUUAUGGAACAUUUAUUUCGGACUUGAACGCUGAGGCUAAAGUGUUUAUUCCACCUUACGACAGAUAUAGAAAAUAUCGUUCCAUUGCUCAGCUGGAGGAAAUCAAAGAAUUCAAAGAAAAAGAAGCGAAAAUUGCAGCUAUCAGCAAGGGUAACGAGUUGAUUAAAUCAGAAGUCCUUGUUAAAUUACAACAAGCGACUAAUCAGAUUGAAAAUGAAGAGAAGAAUAAUAUCAAAACGCAUAUAAAAAGCGAAGAGGUCACACAAGAUGACGACGAAUUAAUAAUAACGCAACAACGCAAAAGAAAAAUAUCUGCCGUUAGAGUGGGUACUGAUGUUAAACAGGAAAUCGCCUGCGUUAAGAAGAAUGAUUCUACCGUAAAACCUUUCUCAUAUAAAAAUGUUGAUUAUAAAAAGUUGUACAAUCAGACCAACAAAGAUCAUAAAUAUAAACAACCCAAAAUUAAGUUUAAAAAGUAUAAAAACUGAUUUAUUAUUUGUUAAGCGAAAAUUAAUAUGAUUAUAUAGUUCGUUUUGUCAAA